GCGCGGAGCUCCCGCCGCGGGGCCGCGGCCCCCGCUCAGGAGCUACAAGAACUUCUGAAACAACCUGUGACAAUGUACAGUCAUAAGUGCUGCAGUCUGAGAGCCCUUUUUCUAUUGAUCCUGUAUAGGUCAAUGCAAAUUCCUGAAGCUGAAGGAAAAAGUGAAAUUCUACCUCCAACUAUACAAAAAAUAAUUAAAGGAUACAACAAGUAUCUACGUCCAUUUUUUGAUAAUGGUCCUGUGUCAGUUGGAAUGAGUAUGGAUAUCGCAAGCAUUGAUACAAUAUCAGAAAUAAAUAUGGACUACACAGCUACCAUAUUUCUAAGGCAGCGAUGGACUGAUGAGAGACUUUGUUUCGAUGGUAAUAAGAGUUUAAGCUUAGAUGGUCGGCUUGUGGAAAUGCUUUGGGUACCGGAUACAUUCAUAGUGGAUUCAAAAAAGUCUUUUCUUCAUGAUGUCACUGUUGAGAAUCGUCUUAUAAGAAUAUACCCUAAUGGAACAGUCUUAUAUGCUAUACGGAUCACCACAACUGUUGCAUGCAGCAUGGAUCUGACUAAAUAUCCGAUGGAUAAACAGACAUGUACUUUGCAACUGGAAAGCUGGGGUUAUAACAUCAAUGAUGUCAUAUUUUACUGGACCAGAGGAAAUGAUUCAGUUCGAGGUUUGGACACACUCCAGCUGGCACAAUACACAGUAGAAGACCACUUUACCUCCGUGUCUGAAGCUGUAUAUGAGACAGGACGUUACCCAAAACUAGUGUUUCACUUUGAACUCAAGAGAAACAUCUUGUAUUUCAUAUUAGAGACAUAUGUACCAUCAAUCCUACUGGUUGUACUCUCCUGGGUAUCGUUUUGGAUAAGCCAGUCAUCAGUUCCAGCCAGAAUUUGCAUAGGUGUUACCACAGUCCUUACAAUGACAACACUGAUGAUGGGAGCCAGGACUUCACUCCCAAAUGCUAAUUGCUUUAUUAAGGCAAUUGAUGUGUACCUCGGUAUCUGCUUCAGCUUCAUCUUUGGAGCAUUGUUAGAGUAUGCUGUGACUCAUUUCUGCACUCUGCAUCAACUCAGUUCAAAGGAACUUCCAAUGGAUGAUGAUGAAGAUGAUGAAGAAGGCAAGAACAGAGCCUUGGCAGCAAUCACUAACAAUUGCAGUGCCCCUGACAAUACGAAUAAGAUCAAUUCAAACAAGAGCAACCAGAGCAGCACUGACAGGAAAAGCGAGAGAAGUAAACACAGUGUGUGUAGUUCACCAAUGUCAGUAAUGAAAAGACUUUUCUGUAUCUUUGAUUGCUUCCAUGUUAAAAAUCCUUACCACAUAGACAACUAUGCCAGAUUUUCUUUCCCGCUAUCAUUCAUCAUAAUUAAUGUACUUUAUUGGGUGUACUAUUUGUAUUUCUGAAUAUUCUACUGUGUAAAAUUGGCUUAAAGUUUAGGAAGUGGAUAUGGGAGGAUAUUGCAAAGAAUAGAGAAGCUGCAUUUGGAUAAAGGGAUAUGAAAGGACUUCUUUCAUGUUAUCUUUUUAAGGGCAUCUACAAAAUUUCUUGUUAACUCACUUUUCUGCUGUUAGAUGUCUGUCAUCCAAAACUGACUUUCCUAUUAGCAUGCAUGUCCCAUAUUAAACUACUUAUCAAAGACAAACAAGUCCUUUUUUAAUAUUUAAUGGUCAAAUUUGUAAAAUAAGAGUUAUAUUAUACAUGUUUCUG